ACCACUUUCCACAAGACCUUACUUCGACAAAUGGAUGCUCAUACCAAACAAACUCCACUUCAAGAAAAGCCUGGUCGCUUCUGCUUCCGCUUCAAGCCUCAGGAUAUUCCCGGUGAGCCAGGCGCGCGUUCAAUAACAGUCGCCGAUGCCUUCAUGCAACAGAACUACGAGAGGAAAUUCGACUGGGAAAAGGACUAUGUCUAUACACCAGCGGGGAUAGAUGAUGAGGAGAUAAACAGAAAGUUAUUCAUGUUCCUUGAUGUUAAUAAGAACGCGGGCCAUGCAUGCCACAGUCCGCGCUGCUACCGAGUUGAAGGGUCUCCAAUGACAUUUACAGAGACUAAAUUCAAUGGCGCAAGCCAUUAUUCACUUAUGUUUCCAUGGGGUGGGCGUGACAGGACGCCGCUUGAAUGA